GGGGGCAGCUCAGCAGGACCCCGCUCACGCGCGCUGGCGCUCCAGGCGCCGUGGUCCACUUCCACGACGGGCGCCGAGCCUCCUGCGUGCGUGAGCGCGAGAGAGAGAGAGAGAGAGAGCAGCGCGAGGACAUGGCGGCCAAGAUCCAGAGUCUGACGGACGAAGAGCGGGCCCACCUGCUCCCUCUGCUGCGCAACGCCCAGUGGGUGGAGGUGGUGGAGCGCGACGCCAUCUACAAAGAGUUCAUCUUUAAAGAUUUCAACCAGGCUUUUGGAUUCAUGUCCAGAGUGGCUUUACAAGCUGAGAAGAUGGACCAUCACCCUGAGUGGUUCAACGUCUAUAAUAAGGUCCAGAUCACGCUCAGCACACAUGACUGUGGAGGCCUCUCCCAGCGCGACGUCACACUGGCCACUUUCAUCGACCAAGCUUCUCUGAUGUGAAAGUGGUGCAAGUCCAAACAGCUGGAAACGCGAUACACAAAUAACCUGCAGUGGUUGCCUUCAUUGACAGAUUAUGUAGCUGUGCGUAAGGGGUCCAAACAUUCUGUAUAAUACUGUAUAUUGUUGUCCUGUUCAAGGGGAAUAAAUGAGAUUGCAGCCAA